AUGACCACACCUCAGAAGUUGGAGUCACUGGCACAUGGCACAAAAACAAGGGCUUUGAAGAAUGCAGUGUGGAAGCAGGACAAAUUCAAGCAUCAGACAUUGCCAGCCAAGCAAGGUGCAAGAGGCUUGGCCAAACGCAAGUGUCAGACAUCACCAGCCAAGCAAGGCGCAAAGAAGAGAGCUCCCAGCACCAAAGUAUCCAAAACACCUCAUAAACAGAGUCUGGCACAGAAACCUUUGACACUGAAGCGUCAGCACAUCAAAUCUGAGUCAGAGGCCAGUGAACAUGAUAGCUUUAGUGAAGGAGAUAAGAAAGAGAAUGAGCAGAGUGAUGUCAACUCGGAUGAUGCUCAGUGCAAUGUCCAUGAUGCAGGUGUUGACAGUGACUGGCAUGACAGUGACAGUGAUGCUGACACAGCAGGUCUUGGCAAUGACUCAGAAGAUGAUGAUUUAGAUGCAGCUGCAAGGAUGCUUUCAGAUGAGGAAACAAGCAACAGAGACUCUGACCUGGGGCGAUGUCAAUGA